AUGUCAAAGCAUAUGAGCAUUCUGGCUGAUUUGAAAACAAUGGUUGAAUCUAAGAAGGUUUCAGGCUCGAAUGUUUUAACCUUGGACAAGACAGAUCGAUUGCAGGUGUUGCAGUCAAUGAUUCAUAUGGCAGACUUAUCGAAUCCAACGAAGCCUAUCGAUCUAUAUCGUAACUGGAACCAAAGGAUCAUGGAGGAAUAUUGGAGACAAGGUGAUCGAGAGAAAGACCUAAACCUCGAGAUUUCACCGAUGUGCGAUAGAAGCAACGUUUCUCUUGAAAAAUCACAGAUUGAAAUUGCGCAAGCUGAAAUUAGUCUACCAUUUACUAAUAUGUCAUGCAGCUUAGCUGACGAUCUGACCUGUUGUUUUGAAUUGGUCGGUUUUAUCGAUUAUAUUGUACAUCCUCUAUUCGAAACAUGGGCUGAAUUAGUGAAUCCAGAUGCGCAACCAGUACUCGAUCAGUUAGAACUUAAUCGCGAAUGGUAUCAAGCGAGGAUUCCUGAGGAGCAGGAAAGGCAAGAGGAGCCCGAAUCAUCUUCCAACGAAGCUCAAUCAGAAAAGAAUCCUUAA